CUGCCCAGAUUCAGAAUGCUAUACCAGUGACGUCUUCACUACUUUGAUGCCCAGAGAGAUGCAGAGAAAAUGAUUUUAAGACUCCCCUUCACCAUCCGCUCCACUUCUCUCCUCCACCGCCGGCAAAUCCGCUCUCCUUCCGCCUCUGCCGUCUCCUCCUCUCCCACCACAACCCACUCCUCCUUCCCGCCAAGACCCCGCCCCCAAACCCCUCUCUUUCUCCGGCCCCCCGCCCACUCUGCCGCCCGCGCCGAUCUCGACGCCUUCCGCCGCUGGGCCAAAUCCAUCGCCAUCACCGCCGCCCCCCGCAUCGCCGCCAACGGUGGCCCGGAUGCCGACCAUCUCCUCCGCGAGCUCUCCUGGCUGGUCCAGGACGCCACCUCCAGGCCUGAGGCAGCCGGCGAGGUUCGCCUGAGGGUGGGGCUGGAGGAGCUCUACCGCCUAUGGAGGGAGAGGAUCGAAGAGAGGAAGCCGUUCCAGUACGUGGUCGGGUGCGAGCACUGGAGGGAUUUGGUUUUGGCGGUGAGGGAGGGGGUGUUGAUACCGAGGCCGGAGACGGAGAUGCUGGUAGAUAUGGUGGCGAGAGUGGAGGGGUUCGAGGAGGGAUUGUGGGCUGAUUUGGGAACUGGGAGUGGCGCCAUUGCCGUGGGGAUUGGGAGGCUUUUUGGGAGGGAGGGAAGGUUUUUUGCAACGGAUUUGAGCCCGGAUGCGGUGGAGGUGGCGAGGCUUAAUGUGGAGAGGUAUGGUUUAAAGGAUAAAGUUGAGAUAAGACAAGGAUCAUGGUUUGAACCUCUUCAAGAUGUCAAAGGCAAGCUUGCAGGAUUGGUCAGUAAUCCUCCAUAUAUACCAAAUAGUCAUAUAUCUGGACUACAAGCUGAAGUUGGCUGGCACGAACCAAGGCUGGCUUUAGAUGGGGGCAAGGAUGGCACUGAUUACCUUCUUCAUCUUUGUGAAGGGUGUGCUUCGGCACUAAAGCCUGGUGGUUUCUUUGCUUUUGAGACAAAUGGUGAUAAGCAAUCUGAGUUUAUUGCAGAUUUCAUGAGCACAAUGUGGGGGAAUUUCUUCGAAAAUGUAAAGAUUGUAUCAGACUUUGCAGGAAUCAAACGUUUUGUAACGGGGUUUCACAGAUGAAUAUUGACCAUGUAGAAGAUAUUUAAAUCAUCACAAGCCCUUGCUGCUAUGGAAAGUUUAGUGCUAGUUUGUACAAUAAAAUAAGGUAUUUUGUAUUGUUUCAUAAAGGACAAUCAUAUGAUCAACUGCAUUUUUGCUUUCAAGUCUGAUAGGAUAUAUGAAGAUGUUAGUACAGGACACAUACAUUACUCUUGCUAACAUUUGUUCAAUGGUAGUGGCUAAACAUAUAAUCAAUGGAUUUGAUAUUUCAGAA